AUGGAGAAUGUGGAGGUGGUUACGGUGAAGGCAAUCGAAGCAACUCCAUCAACCUUCCAAGACUACGGUCAGGUCAUUGAGCCUUCACCGGACACCCAGGGGUUUGGUCCCUACGAUGCUCAACUUGAUCUCAGUCAAGGGAUUCCCAGGUUCUAUAUUAUCCAUUUUGAGAACUGCCCACUUAAAUUUUCUGAUAUCACACACCAUGCAAGUGUGACUCAAUGUCUUGGGUCCAUUGGUGGUAAUGUUUGGUAUAUCGGAGUGGCUAAGCCGUCUAUAGUCGAUUCGAAUGAAAUCAAGGAUGACUCAGGCAAGACAGUCGUGAAGUCACGCAGUGGUCAUUUUUAUGUGCCUCCCACCAUCGAGGAUGUCCAAGUUUUCAAGGUGUCGGGUCCCAAAUUUCUCAAGCUUAAUCGUGGGACAUGGCAUGUCGGACCGCUAUUUACGUCCGAGGCAAUGGACUUUUGCAUUUUAGAACUUACCAAUACAAAUGUAGUUGAUCGUACCACACACAACUUUAAGAAGCAGAAUGGAAUAGCUUUUUUAGUUGUUGAGUAA